AAAAAAAUGGUAAGAUACGGAAUCCAAAUCUUGUCCACCAAUCCACAGAGGUGCCGGCCGCCGCAUCCGUGAAAUUCACGUCACACACCAAUCCGUGGUGAGUAGCAGUAGCAAUAAUAAUGUUGACGAUUAUGAGCCAAAUUGGUUUCCCUCUUUACGUCAACAACUCUUCUGGGAGGAGGAGCAAUAGUUAUUGCUGCUAUGCCUCCUCCGCUUCAAUUUCCGAUCCUCAAGUUCUUAAUGGGAACACAGUCUCUUCCUCCAGAAAAGAGAUCCGUCUCGGUUUACCUAGCAAAGGUCGUAUGUCUUCUGAUACACUCGAACUUCUCAAGGAUUGUCAAUUGUCAGUUAAGCAGGUUAAUCCCAGACAGUAUGUUGCUCAAAUUCCUCAGAUUUCCAACUUGGAAGUCUGGUUCCAGAGGCCCAAAGACAUUGUAAGGAAAUUGUUAUCUGGAGAUCUUGAUCUCGGUAUCGUCGGACUCGAUAUACUCACUGAAUUUGGCCAGGGCAAUGAAGAUCUUAUUGUUGUCCACGAGGCUUUGGAGUACGGUGAUUGCCGUUUAUCCAUUGCGAUUCCCCAAUAUGGAAUAUUUGAAAAUGUAAAUUCACUAGAGGAGCUAGCAAAAAUGCCUCAAUGGACAGAAGAAAAGCCUCUGCGAGUUGCAACUGGAUUCACCUAUCUGGGUCCUAAAUUUAUGAAAGAUAAUGGCAUUAAGCAUGUGGCAUUUUCAACUGCUGAUGGAGCACUGGAGGCAGCUCCUGCGAUGGGGAUCGCAGAUGCUAUCUUGGACCUUGUAAGUAGUGGAACUACGCUGAAAGAAAAUAACUUGAAGGAAAUUGAAGGUGGAGUUGUUUUGGAAAGUCAGGCUGCUCUUGUUGCAAGCAGGAAAUCAUUGAUCGGACGAAAUGGAGUACUCGAAACCACUCAUGAGAUGCUUGAAAGAUUGGAGGCACAUCUGAGGGCCAUGGGGCAGUUCACUGUUACUGCAAACAUGAGAGGAAGCAGUGCAGAGGAAGUUGCUGAGAGAGUGCUGAGCCAACCAUCAUUAUCUGGGUUGCAGGGACCCACAGUAAGUCCCGUUUUCAACAAGCGCGAUGGAAAGGUAUCAGCAGACUACUAUGCCAUAGUCAUAUGUGUGCCCAAGAAAGCAUUGUACAAGUCUAUACAGCAAUUGAGAGCGAUUGGAGGCAGCGGAGUUCUCAUAUCACCCUUGACCUAUAUUUUUGACGAGGAAACUCCUAGAUGGCGUCAACUUCUUUCUAAACUUGGGCUUUAGUCAUACAUGUGUACCACUUAUGCAGUUGUUUGUUCUUUCUAAACUAUCAAUGCAGAAGGAACUGUAGCAAACUGAAAUCAAAUUUAAUUUCUUGCUCAAUAAGACGAUAAUAGAGGAAAAUCCCACUUCUGCAUCAUUUUAUAUGUUGAAAAUUUUGUAGCAAGCUUGUAGUUUAUGUUCUUCAAUUAAUUCUCUGUAAUGCUAUACUUGGUUAGAUAAGUGGGGAUGGAGGGUUGAAGUUUUAACUUCAACAAUUGUGAGAGUUAAACUAUGGUGUUGUAAUUUUUAACUUUAGUUUAUUUUAUAUUUGCUACUACCACCUA